GAGAAACUUAAACUGGACGUAAACAGGCCCUCCUCCAACAGAGAAAAACAAGUAAUAAAAUCUUGCCCUUUAUAAUAACAACACAAUACUAUUCAACAGUUCCACACCUUAAAGAAAUCAUCCCAACAAGUGGCAGUUAGUACAGCAACAAUCGUUGCUAAGAGAAAUCCUCAAAUAACCGCCGUUACUACCAUACAGAACGGGGCGUUCACUCAGAAAUACUCAUGA